ACCAGCAUCGUCCUGCUAAGCGGAAACCAAGAUGAAGGUUGUGGCAGUGCUGUGUCUUUUGGGUCUGGUGGCCGCUGAGCCCCAGUUGAUCAUGCCUUACAGCACACCUCUGCUGACCCCGACGAUCAAGGCUGAAGGAGAUAUGAUCAGCACUUACACUGCAACAUAUCCUUAUGCUGGCAUUCCAUUGAUAAAGGCUGCCCUUCCCGGCACUCCAUUGCUGAAGGCUGGCCUUCCCAGCACUCCAUUGGUACAGGCUGGCCUUCCUUUAAUUCAUGGAUAUCAUCCAUUCUCCAUUCCUACUGUGGUAGCUGCCAAGCCUGCUGAGGAAAUGCCUGCCCGCCAGAAGCGCUCUGCUGAUCCAAGCACAAUUAGUGCUAUGACUACCCCAGCAGCCACCAUCCCAGCUACUUUGGCUACAAUCCCAACUACCCUUAAUUAUGCUGGACUUUCUGCUGCUGUCAGCCCUUACACCAUCCCACAGACCAUCCCUUACGCUGGUGCAGCUGGAGUUACUCCAUUUGUAGGAACAUGGCCUUUCACCACUGGUCUUAGCCCAUACACCACCCACAUGCCUUACCUUUACCCUGUUGUGUCCAGUGCCAAGAUUGAGACCCCCAAGGGAGAGGCUGUGUCCCGUGCCAAGCGCUCAGCUGACCCAGAGGCUGAUCCUCAGCUCUUGACCACAAACACUGGAGUUACUGGUUUCGCUUACUCAGCUGUCAACACUGGAACACUUGCACCAACAACCUACACCUACCAGAACCUCCCAAUCACUUACCCAACCACAUACACUUCUGGUUAUCCCUUCACAAUGCCACUCUUCGGUUAAGCUGACUUCAGAGCUUCAAGGAUUUUCAAGAGGCCUUAGAUAUAUCUCUGUUGCUCCACUCUUUUUGAAUUUAUCAAACAAGAGCUGACAACACCAACUGGCUUGUAAAAAUGAGGUAUUAUAAAGGCUUCUUGUAGAUUACCAUCACAUCCACUGAUUCAGACGGGACUGAUCAUUGAUUGCCGGAACAUGGACAUCUUUGGCUAUGGUUAAGUUUUUGUUAAAUAGACCACUACAUAUAUAAAAUAUAUAAAAAUGUAAUAUUAAAAUCGAUUUUAAUAAAUUCUGUUUUCAUG